AUGGGAUCCGUCGCCGAAGUGCACCAAGGUUCCGGCGACGAGUCCCUCGCUGAAAACACCGUGUUGGCAGAAGAAAACUAUGACAGUCCCAUCGAGGAAGUGAGGCUCACAGUUCCGGUCACGGACGAUCCGAGCCAGCCAUGCUUGACCUUUCGAACAUGGUCCCUGGGGCUCACCUCGUGCGUACUGCUAUCCUUCGUCAACCAGUUCUUGGGCUACCGGGAGAACCAGAUCAGUCUUUCUUCGGUGUGCGUCCAGAUUCUAGCGCUCCCCGCCGGCAGGGCGAUGGCCGCCACCCUGCCCACUACACCGAUCAAGAUCCCGCUCAGCAACUGGUCUUUCUCCUUGAACCCUGGGCCGUUCAACCUCAAGGAGCACGUGCUGAUCACCAUUUUUGCUAACGCCGGUGCUGGCGGUGUCUACGCAGUGGGCAUUGUCACCAUCAUGAGGGCCUUUUACCAUCGCGGCAUCAACAUCAUCGCAGCGUUGCUGCUAUCGGAAACAACCCAGUUGCUUGGAUUUGGAUGGGCUGGAUUGUUUAGGAAGUACCUGGUGGAUUCACCUUAUAUGUGGUGGCCAGGAAACCUCGUCCAAGUCUCCCUCUUCAGAGCACUACAUGAGGAAGAGAAGAGGUCCAAGGGUGGUGUGUCAAGAUUCCAGUUCUUCUUGAUAGUUAUCGCAUGCAGCUUCGCCUACUAUGUUGUUCCCAACGUGUUGUUCCCAUCUAUCACUGCGAUCUCCGUGAUCUGCCUGAUCUGGAAGAAGUCCGUCACUGCGCAUCAGAUCGGUUCCGGGAUGAGGGGGCUUGGCGUCGGGUCUUUCGGCCUCGACUGGUCCACCAUCUCCGGCUUCCUCGGCAGUCCCCUGGCUUCGCCAGCGUUUGCGACGUUCAACGUAUUGGCUGGUUUCAUCGCCCUGGCCUACAUCAUUGUCCCCAUCGCCUACUGGUCCAAUGCGUACGACUCUAAGAACUUCCCUUUGUUCACGUCGUCCCUGUACGACGUCCUCGGAAAAAAAUACGACCUCGACCGUGUUCUCGAUCAGAAGACGUUCUCCUUGAACAUCCAUGAAUACGAGAAGUACAGCGACAUCCGUCUCAGCAUCAUGUUCGCCAUCUCUUACGGGCUCGGUUUUGCCACCUUGACUGCCACACUCUCCCAUGUCUUCCUCUUCAAUGGCGCGUACAUCCUGAAACUAUGGCGCCAAACGGCAACCAAGGCUCAGGAUAAUUACCUAGACAUUCAUGGGAGACUAAUGAAGGCAAACUACGAGGCCGUCCCUCAAUGGUGGUUCCAUAUUAUUCUUGUCGUCGUCACGGCACUGGCCAUCCUCACCUGCGAAGGAUUCGGCAAGCAGCUGCAGCUUCCUUACUGGGGCAUCUUCCUUGCGAUCGCCAUGGCUUUCGUUUUCACAUUGCCCAUCGGUGUCAUUCUUGCCACCGCCAAUCAGGCACCCGGACUAAAUAUUAUCACGGAGAUGGUGAUAGGUUACAUGAUGCCUGGGAAGCCUCUGGCGAACGUGGUGUUCAAGACUUAUGGAUACAUUAGCAUGACCCAAGCUCUUACGUUCCUAUCCGACUUCAAGUUGGGUCUGUACAUGAAGAUUCCUCCAAAGUCCAUGUUUUUUGCCCAGUUGGUGGGAACCAUAGUCGCCUCUGCAGUUUACUUCGGGACGGCAUGGUGGCUUCUCGGCACCAUCACGUCCAUCUGCGACACCAGCAAAUUACCGGAGGGCAGCCCGUGGACGUGCCCCAGUGACGCCGUCUUCUUCAGCGCCUCCAUCAUCUGGGGAGUCGUCGGCCCGUUGCGCAUGUUCGGCCCCAAGAGCAUCUACCUGUCCCUCAACUACUACUUCCUCGCCGGGGCGCUGGCGCCGUUCUUCGUCUGGCUGCUCUCGCUUCUCUUCCCCCACAAGAAGUGGAUCAAGCUCAUCAACUUCCCGGUGCUCCUCGGAGCGACGGCCAUGAUGCCGCCCGCCCACGCGGUGAACUACACCUCCUGGUUCGUCGUCGGCAUCAUCUUCAACUAUUACGUGUACAACAAGUACAAGAGCUGGUGGGGAAGGUACACCUACGUGCUAUCGGCCGGUUUGGAUGCCGGGACGGCCUUCAUGGCCGUGCUCGCUUUCCUCAGCCUCAACAACUACGACGUUUAUUCCGUGGCAUGGUGGGGAGGAGAUAACGAUGACCAUUGCCCCCUCUCUCGAUGCCCUACCGCGGGAUCCUACGUGCCCGAAGGCUGCCCUUCCUUCCAAUAA